ACAGCCCUUGCCAGUGCAGAGCAGAAGGUCCUCUCUCAGCCGCAUGUGCUACUUGACUAUGAUCCUGAUGCUGUUGCUUCUCGGCUUGAUUUUGACAUCCAUGUAUGUCUGCAGAUACUUCUCCAUUACUGGCUCAUCUCCGACUUACUCAGAAAACUUCUUCCAUUGUGGAGUUAUUUAUCAAGACCAUUCCUACUCGCAGUUAAGGGAAGAAAUGGAACUGCAUGAGGAUGUGAGGAUUUACCUGGAGGAAGACUACGAACAGAUCAACAUUCCCAUGCCACACUUUGGAGGAAGCGAUCCUGCAGAUAUUAUCCAUGAUUUUCAGCGGGGGCUGACAGCAUAUCAUGACAUAGCCCUUGAUAAAUGCUAUGUCAUUGAGCUGAACACCACUAUCGUCAUGCCACCUCAGAGCUUCUGGGAGCUUCUCAUUAAUGUGAAGAAAGGGGUCUACCUGCCACAAACCUACAUAAUCCAGGAGGAGAUGAUAGUCACGGAGCACGUCACUGACAUGGACCAGCUGGGCUCCUUCAUUUAUCAUCUGUGCCGCGGCAAAGAGACGUAUAGGCUGAAGCGUAGAACUUCAAGGAGACAUAUCCAUCGACGUGCAGCAGAGAGCUGUCAUCAUAUUCGCCAUUUUGAAAACACCUUUGUGGUUGACACAGCAAUUUGUCAGAAGUUGUGAGAACCACUCGCCGGAUUUCACCUUCCUGUGCUUUGCUUCUACUCAUCCAUGCAGGCUCUCUCUUCUGGAGAGAGAAUUCGGCUUAUUUUUCUUCUAGCUCCCAUUGCUUGUGCAUCACUAACUUCUCAGGUCGCAUGUGAUCAAACACCGACCUUUGGUGUCUCUGUAUUGCAUUUGCUUCUUAGACUUUGC